AGUGCAGGCAGAGUCCGGAGGCCGGUGCUUCCCGCGCGUCCCCAGGACUUUGCCAUGGGCUGGGGGCCGCGCGGGCUGCGAGCGGCCGGCCGAAGGCAGCGGCGACGCCGCCCGCACCGGGACUGAGCGAGCGGAGACGCACAGCGCCGAGAUGGCAGCGUCCAGCAACUCCAGUCUGUCCGGCUCCUCCGUGUCCUCCGAUGCCGAGGAAUACCAGCCUCCAAUAUGGAAAUCAUACUUGUAUCAGCUGCAGCAGGAGGCGCCUCGUCCCAAGAGGAUCAUUUGUCCCCGGGAGGUGGAAAACAGACCAAAAUAUUAUGGAAGAGAGUUUCAUGGGAUCAUCUCCCGGGAGCAGGCUGAUGAGCUUCUGGGAGGCGUGGAGGGUGCCUACAUCCUUCGAGAAAGCCAGCGUCAGCCGGGAUGCUACACUCUAGCCCUAAGGUUUGGGAACCAGACCUUAAACUACAGGCUCUUCCACGACGGGAAGCACUUCGUGGGGGAGAAGAGGUUCGAAUCCAUUCACGAUCUGGUGACCGAUGGCUUGAUUACACUCUACAUAGAGACCAAGGCUGCUGAGUACAUUGCCAAAAUGACCACAAAUCCCAUCUAUGAGCACAUCGGAUACGCUACCCUCCUCAGAGAAAAAGUGUCCCGAAGGCUGAGCAGGUCUAAAAACGAAUCGAGGAAAGCUAGUGUCACCAACGAGGAGCACACGCCUGUGGAGAAGAUCUCCUCACUGGUCCGAAGAGCUGCCCUCACACACAACGACAACCACUUCAACUAUGAGAAGACACACAACUUCAAGGUCCACACGUUCCGGGGCCCACAUUGGUGUGAAUACUGUGCCAAUUUCAUGUGGGGGCUCAUCGCCCAAGGAGUCCGGUGUUCAGAUUGUGGGUUAAACGUUCACAAACAGUGUUCCAAGCAUGUCCCCAACGAUUGCCAACCUGAUCUCAAGAGGAUCAAGAAAGUGUAUUGCUGUGACCUCACCACGCUUGUAAAAGCUCACAACACUCAGAGACCCAUGGUGGUAGACAUAUGUAUUCGGGAAAUUGAAGCAAGAGGAUUAAAGUCAGAAGGCCUCUACAGAGUCUCCGGGUUCACAGAACACAUUGAAGAUGUCAAGAUGGCAUUUGACAGAGAUGGUGAAAAGGCGGAUAUCUCUGCUAACAUCUACCCAGACAUAAACAUCAUCACUGGAGCCCUGAAACUGUACUUCAGAGACCUACCCAUUCCCGUCAUCACAUAUGACACCUAUUCCAAAUUUAUAGAGGCAGCGAAAAUCUCCAAUGCGGAUGAGAGGCUGGAAGCUGUCCAUGAGGUCCUGAUGCUGCUGCCUCCUGCACACUAUGAGACCCUGCGCUACCUGAUGAUCCAUCUCAAAAAGGUUACCAUGAAUGAAAAGGACAAUUUAAUGAAUGCAGAAAACCUGGGGAUCGUGUUUGGGCCCACUCUGAUGAGACCCCCUGAGGACAGCACCCUCACGACCCUCCAUGACAUGCGGUACCAAAAGCUGAUCGUGCAGAUUUUAAUAGAAAACGAAGACGUUUUGUUCUAAUCCAUCAAGAAAAUGGGCUGAUAGAGCUAACAGAAUAAAAACGUUUCUUACACUUGAUUUGUUUUCCAAACAAGUGGCAGAACCACAGUGGAUUGAAGAGUUGGGGACUGUGUCUCCCUCCUCCACGUGAGAGCAAGGGUGAGGGUAGGAAACCCCUUACCUUGGGUCUUUCGCCGUGCCUCGUAUGUAUGUCUGUUUUGCUGAAAGAGUGAUUAAUAAAUCUUUCUUUAACUUAUUAAAAAAAUGUAGACUUUUAAGCUUCAAUCUUAUCAGUAAUAAAAGGGAACUUAAUUCAUAAAGGUACUUGGUACAGUAUGCGUUUUCCACCUUCAAAAAAGGACAAUUCUAUAUGUUAAAUGUUAAAUGAAACCUAUAUUGUAAAAUGUAUUUUAUUUUAGCUGCAAGAAUGUUAUUUUAUUUUAGCAAAUAGAAUUCAAUGCAGUGCAUUGGUUACUGCCCUGUACCUUGUCUCCCCUCCUUGCAGUCGUGCCUGGUAAAUGUUGACCGUGAAGGCAGUAUCACCUUGACAUACCUCUGUCCUGACUAGUGCUUUGAUGCAAGUCCGCCACUCCCCCACACCCCUGCUCUUCACAGUUCCUGCUUCUCAGCUCUGGCUUUCUGCUGUGAGGUGUAGUGUAUGUUCAUAGUGAUCCUGGGAUGAUCUGAAGCACCCACAAGUUUCCUUUCUGUUAGCAUUUCAUGACUUCCCAAAAAAAUGUUAUGGUCGUGGCCUUUCCGUAUCUCCCAUGUGUGUCCUAGAACACGCAGAGUAUGUCCAGCUACGUAAAAUGGCUUGAGGACACUGGAUGCCCCUGAGCCAGGACAGGAAAUUCACACUCUUCCUCUUCUCAGCCAGGUUCUUCAAAUUGAUGUCAAUGGAGAACAUUUCCAUAUUGUUGAAUCAUGAACCUACAGGAUCAUUGUCGAAUCUUGUUCCUUACUUUUGUUUUAUAAACCGAUUAUUAAUUUAUGAAUAAAUAAGGUUGGGUUUUUUUUUUUAACCAAAUGUUUUUCACUCAUAAAAGUUGUUCUGUAUGGAAGAUAAUUUAACAUGAUUUUAUCGCUAGAGACCCAUCCUGUUGGUUAUAUUUAUCUUAGCAUGAGUUUUUCACACCAAGAUCUCUAUAUUUUGUAACAUAGUCAAAAUAUUUAAAACAGCAAAAAACUGUAAGUCUAGAUUUUUAAAGCCAGUUGCAGUGUCUCUCCCUUGGUUGUCUGAGAUGACCCAUGCACUGACAAGUCUUGCUUGGAGCGCCCAGAAGAGAAUUGCCAUGUCAAGGUGGUAGAGACUGCAGGCAGACCCGUGGCAUCUGGGGCUCCGUUUGGCCUGCUCUCUGCUGUCAGCGUUCCUCCCAACUGUACAGAUUUGUUUGUUGCGGCUUCUGUACUUCUUGAUACUGUCAAUAAUAAUCUGGAAAUGGUUUUAUUUUGUGAAGUGAGCAAUACUUUGUAAUUUAUGACAGUGUAAUGGAAAAAAAAAACAUUCCAUGUAUUAAAUGCUCCUGUCCACCA